AUGUCCAAGCAGCAACAUUUCAACAUUUGUAUUGUCGGUGGAGGCAUGAUUGGAAAUGCUCUUGCCAACGCUUUAGCAAAAGCCAAGUAUACCAAUCAAUUAAAGAUUGCCAUGAUAAAUCCAGCCGUUUCUACAAAUAAUAAUAUUUUCGGAUCGGGAAAUUCCGUUGGUAUUAGAACUAGUGCUCUCACUGGUACAUCCAUGAAAUUACUUGAGAAAAUUCAGGAUAAAAACAAGGAAAUUCCCAUGACCAAAUAUUAUGGUAUGAAGGUGUGGGAUCAAGAUGGAAACUUUUUGAAUUUAGAUCCAAAGGAAAAUGAUUUCAACGGAAUUAACUCACCAUUUUCAAAGACUGUAAACAAUAAUAAUAUAAUUUUGAAAUCAUUGUCAUCCCUUGGAAAUCAAGUGUUCAAAGUUGGACAGACCAUAAAUGAUGGGCUUGUUAAGAGCGGAAUUGGCUUCUCAACUGUGUCGGAACGAAAUGACGAUGUGAUUGGAUCUAUUGUCGAUAACAAUGAUGUUGUUUUUAGCUUGAUGGAGGCAUCCAAAAAGCUCGAAUCGAUUUCACUCUUUGACAGGUCCGAAUUGAAAGCUAUUGCAGAUGGCCAAAGUCCAAAUACCAAGAAAUUGAUCAUUCAAACAACUACCGAAGGAAACGAGAAAAAGAACGAAGAAAUUUCAUGUGAUUUGUUGAUUGCCGCAGAUGGUGCAUCCUCAUUUGUGAGACAGUUCUGUAACUUUCCAUUUUACUCUGUCAAGUACAAGCAACGAGCAUUUGUCACAAAUGUUUACGUAGACACAGACAGCGUUCCAUGCACUGGCAAGAAUACGUAUUGCUACCAACAAUUUCUUGGAGACGGACCAAUUGGUAUGCUUCCAACCAAACAAGCCAAUGUAAAGAAUAUUAUUUGGUCUACUGAUCCUACGAGAGCUGUUGCAUUGGAAACUGCUUACAAGUCGGGCAACCAACAAAAGGUGCUCGAAGAGAUGAAUUCAAUUUUCAGCAAAUUGAAAAUUGUUCCUCGAAUUUUGGCUGAAAAAUCAGAAGUGGUUCAAUAUUUCCCUGCUGGUAGCUUCCCUCUUCAAAGACUAAAUUGCAAAGAGUAUGUUCAACCUGGAAUUGCCCUAGUUGGAGAUGCUGCUCACUGUUGCCAUCCAAUGGCUGGUCAGGGUGUGAACAUGGGUUUUGUCGAUGUAAUUCAACUUGUUAAGGCAAUUCAAAAAAGUGUCAAGUCGGGCUCAGUGAUUGGAGAUUAUUCAAUUCUCAAGACAGAAUAUGAACAAAUUCAAUAUCGAAGAAAUGAGCUUUAUCUGGAUGGACUUGACGCUAUUAAGGGAAUUUUUGAAGUUGAAAGCCACAACGAUAUUUUGAAGGGACUUGGCCUUGCAGGUCUUGCAAGAAAAAUUGGUAUGGAUGUCAUUAACUCCAAUCCAUUGAAUUUAAAGAAUGCUCUCAUUGGAACAGCUAUGGCUGUCGACGUGGACAUGUCACACAUUAACUCUAUUGAAAAUUAA